AUGGUCAUUCGUCCUUCGAUUGAGAAAUGGUCAAGACAAGAGUUGGAAGAUCGUUAUCAUGUUCUUUAUCAACAACAUCAUAGCUUAAAACGAAGUUACAAUGAAUUAGAGAGUAAACUGAAACAGUCAAAUGUAAAAAUACGACGUAUGAUCGUUAAUGGUAAAGAUUGCAGCAAUGAAGCAAAUUAUGAUGAAUUGAUUAAGGAAAAUCGAUUACUCACUAAUAAACAACAAGUUCUAAACUAUGCUAGGCCAGGAGCAUCAAUACAAUCUUCAUCGUCCCCAAAGGCCCGUUUAUCUGUACGACGGCCACAAUCAGAUUUACCACGAAGGCUUCAUCCUCAACAACAAACUGCCAGUCCUUCGUCACACCUUGUCACCAUUCAACAACGACCAGCAACAGAUGUGCCAAAAAUUUCCGACAGGAAGUCAUUGCUCCUGGAUAAAACGCUUUUCGUCAAAUUGAAUCGAGAAUUGAAACAAAAAGAUGACGAAUUCGCUUUAUUAACAUGCAAAUUAAAUAAUGUUCAACAACAAUUAGCAAAGCUUAAAGAUGAAUAUGAUCAAUUGCUGGAACAAUUUCAAAAUAAACAACAUGAGGGACAAUUUGAUGAAUUAUCAAUGAAUGCUACUGGUGAUAUAAAGUUUGAGAAACAGUUGAAAAAUGUUGAAAUUAUGGCAAAAGAAUUGGAAAUGAUACGAGAAGAGAAUAAAAUGCUACAUGAAGCAAAUGAAAAGCUUGUACAAAAUUCAUUAACAAUCGAACAAUUAGCAAUGGACGAAGAUAAGGAUCGAGAAACGACGACAAAUGAUCAACGUGUAUUGGAAAUGGAAAAGCAAUUGAAUGAAUUGUUUGUGAAAUAUUCUCAAUUAAAGGAAAAUUAUCAAAAUUUAAUGCAAAUAAAGUUGGAAUUAGAAGAACGAUUGAAUAAUCAAACUGGUCAAAUAAUUAGAGACAAAAUGGUCAUUGGUCAAAUAUCUGAACAAAAGAAUGAAUUUGAAAAAACAACAAUGAAAGAUUUUGUAACAAAUGAAAAAUCUAACAAAACAGACUUCAGUCUUGUAAAAAUAUAUGAAGAUUUGACACGAAUUAUUGAAGCGCAUAUUAUUGAAAGGACAACAGAUGAUGAUGAAAUGACAAAACAACAAGAAAAUAUUGAUAAAUGGCGGACAAUGUAUAUGGAAAUUUAUGGUGAACUUGAAAAAGUACGACAUAUGUUACUUAUUCAACAUAAUAUCAAUGAACAACAUCUUCAGGAGAUAGCUUUGUUAAAUCAAAAUUUGCAACAAACAAAAGCACAUUCGGAAUAUAAAAUGAAAGAUUUGGUUGUAAAAUUGAGUGAACGUGAAGCUGAAAUUAUAAACUUAGAAAUGCGAUUGAAAACAUUUGCAUAUGAUGAUCAAAUGCCAAUUCCAUCUGUUACGGUAAUAAUUUUAUUGUGA